GGUUUUAAAGACAUAUCUCUAGAGAGGUUUAUGCAUGGUGGGGCUAACGUCACAGGGUUCCAGUUGGUUGACUUCAGUAAGCCCAUGGUCCUCAAACUGAUGCAGCGCUGGAACAAACUGGACCAGAGAGAGUACCCAGGCUCUGACAUCCCACCCAAGGUACACACAUGCGCACACACUCACACACUGCUGGGAGAGGAUUCUAGAAUCCUCUUGGAGAUGAAACUAUUUCCUCCUGUCACAGCUCUUUAGCCAAUCAGACUGUGACUGAGAGGCAGCAGGAAACACUCCGAUGCUGUUAGACACAGAAUGGCAGAGAGCACACUUCCAUAGUGUCCCCACACCUCUAUCUUCUCUCUCUCUCUCUCUCUCUCUCUCUCUCUCUCUCUCUCUCUCUCUCUCUCUCUCUCUCUCUCUCUCUCUCUCUCUCUCUCUCUCUCUCUCUCUCUCUCUCUCUCUCUCAAUUCAAUUCAAUUCAAUUCAAUUCAAAGGGCUUUAUUGCCAUGGGAAACAUAUGUUUACAUUGCCAAAGCAAGUGGAAUAGAUAAUAAACAAACGUGAAAUAAACAAUCAAAAAUGAACAGCAAACAUUACACUCACAAAAGUACCAAAGAUAUUGAGACAUUUCAAUGUCAUAUUAUGUGCAAAUGGUUAAAGUACAAAAGCAAAAAAUAAAUAAACAUAAAUAUGGGAUGUAUUUACAGUGGUGUUUGUUCUUCACUGGUUGCCCUUUUCUUGUGGCAACAGGUCACAAAUCUUACUGCUGUGAUGGCACACUGUGGUAUUUCACCCAAUAUAUAUGGGAGUUUACCAAAAUUGGAUUUGUUUUCGAAUUCAUUGUGGGUCUGUGUAAUCUGAGGGAAAUAUGUGUGGAAGUGCAGCUCAGUUUCCACCUCAUUUUGUGGGCAGUGUGCACAUAGCCUAUCUUCUCAAUAGCAAGGAUAUGCUCACUGAGUCUGUACAUAGUCAAAGCUUUCCUUAAGUUUGGGUCAGUCACAGUGGUCAGGUAUUCUGCCACUGUGUACUCUCUGAUUAGGGCCAAAUAGCAUUCUAGUUUGCUCAGUUUUUUUGUUAAUUCUUUCCAAUGUGUCAAGUAUAAUUAUCUUUUUUUUUUCUCAUGAUUUGGUUGGGUCUAAUUGUGUUGCUGUCCUGGGGCUCUAUGGGGUCUGUUUGUGUUUGUGAACAGAGUCCCAGGACCAGCUUGCUUAGGGGACUCUUCUCCAGGUUCAUCUCUCUGUAGAUGAUGGCUUUGUUAUGGAAGGUUUGGGAAUCGCUUCCUUUUAGGUGGUUGUAGAAUUUAACAUCUCUUUUCUGGAUUUUGAUUAUUAGUGGGUAUCGGCCUAAUUCUGCUUGGCAUGCAUUAUUUGGUGUUUUACAUUGUACACCGAGGAUCUUUUUUCACAAGUCUGCAUGCAGAGUCUCAAUUUGGUGUUUGUCCCAUUUUGUGAAUUCUUGGUUGGUGAGCGGACCCCAGACCUCACAACCAUAAAGGGCAAUGGGUUCUAUAACUGAUUCAAGUAUUUUUAGCCAGAUCCUAAUUGGUAUUUCGAAUUUUAUGUUCCUUUUGAUGUCAUAGAAGGCCCUUCUUGCCUUGUCUCUCAGAUCGUUCACAGCUUUGUGGAAGUUACCUGUGGCGCUGAUGUUUAGGCCGAGGUAUGUAUAGUUUUUUGUGUGCUCUAGGGCAAUGGCGUCUAGAUAGAAUUUGUUUUCUGGAACACCAUUAUUUUUCUCUUACUGAGAUUUACUGUCAGGGCCCAGGUCUGACAGAAUCUGUGCAGAAGACCUAGGUGCUGCUAUAGGCCGUCCAUGGUUGGGGACAGAAGCAGCAGAUCAUCAGCAAAGAGUAGACAUUUGACUUCAGAUUCAAGUAGGGUGAGACCGGGUGCUGCAGACUGUUCUAGUGCCCUCGCAAAUUUGUUGAUAUACAGCGCAUUCGGAAAGUAUUCAGACCUUUUGACUUUUUCCACAUUUUGUUAAGUUACAGCCAUAUUCUAAAAUGGAUUAAAUUGUUCCCCCCCCCCCCCUCAUCAAUCUACACACAAUACCCCAUAAUGACAGAGCCAAAACAGGUUUUUAUAAAAAAUUUAUAUUGUAAAAAACAACAACUGAAAUAUCACAUUUACAUAAGUAUUCAGACUCUUUACUCAGUUCUUUGUUGAACCACCUUUGGCAGCGAUUACAGCCUUGAGUCUUCUUGGGUAUGAUGCUACAAGCUUGGCACACCUGUAUUUGGAGAGUUUCUCCCAUUCUUCUCUGCAGAUCCUCUUAAGCUGUCAGGUUGGAUGGGGAGCUUUGCUACACAGCUAUUUUCAGGUCUCUCCAGAGAUGUUCGAUCGGGUUCAAGUCCGGGCUCUGACUGGGCAACACAAGGACAUUCAGAGACUUGUCCCGAAGCCACUCCUUUGUUGUCUUGGCUGUGUGCUUAGGGUCGUUGUCUUGUUGGAAGCUGAACCUUCACCCCAGUCUGAGGUCCUGACCGCUCUGGAGCAAGUUUUCAUCACGGAUCUCUCUGUGCUUUGCGCCGUUCAUCUUUCCCUCGAUCCUGACUAGUCUCCCAGUCCCUGCUGCUAAAAAACAUCUCCACAGCAUGAUGCUGCCACCACCAUGCUUCACCGUAGGAAUGGUGCCAGGUUUCCUCCAGACGUGACGCUUGGCAUUCAGGCCAAAGAGUUCAUUUGGUUUCAUCAGACCAGAUCAUUUUGUUUCUCAUGAUCUGAGAGUCCUUUAGGUGCCUUUUGAAAAACUCCAAGCGGGCUGUCAUGUGUGUUUUAAUGAGCAGUGGCUUCCAUCUGGCCACUCUACCAUAAAGGCCUGAUUGGUGGAGUGCUGCAGAGAUGGUUGUCCAUCUGGAAGGUUCUCCCAUCUCCACAGAGGAACUCUGGAGCUCUGUCAGAGUGACAAUCGGGUCCAAUCGUCACCUUCCUGACCAAGGCCCUUCUGCCCCGAUUACUCAGUUUGGCCAGGCGGCCAGAUCUAGGAAGUCUUGGUGGUUCCUAACUUCUUCCAUUUAAGAAUGAUGCAGGCCACUGUGUUCUUUGGGACCUUCAAUGCUGCAGAAAUGUUUUGGUACCCUUCCCCAGAUCUGUGCCUCAACACAAUCCUGUCUCAGAGCUCUACGGACAAUAUCUUCGACCUCAUAGCUUGGGUUUUGCUCUGACAUGCACUGUCAACUGUGCGAUCUUAUAUAGACAGGUGUGUGCCUUUCCAAAUCAUGUCCAAUCAAUAGAUUUUACCACAGGUGGACUCCAGCUGGAUGCACCUGAGCUCAAUUUCGAGUCUCAUAGCAAAAGGUCUGACUACUUAUGUAGAUAAGGUAUUUCUGUUUAUUAUUUUUUAUACAUAACAAAAAAAAUCUAAAACCUGUUUUUGUUUUGUCAUUAUGGGGUAUUGUGUGUAGAUUGAUGAAUAAGGCUGUAACGUAACAAAAUGUGGGAAAAGGGAAGGGGUCUGAAUACUUUCCGAAUGCACUGUGUAUGUUGCAGAGGGUGGGGCUCAAACUGAAUCCCUGUGUUUUUUUGCAAAUUUUUACCGCACACUUGUUGUUUGUGUACCUGGAUAUUAUAAUGUUGUAUGGUUUUCCCCCCAACACCGCUUUCCAUCAAUUUGUAUAGCAUACCCUCAUGCCAAAUUGAGUCAAAAGCUUUUUUGAAAUCAACAAAGCAUGAGAAGACUUUGCCUUUGUUUUGGUUUGUUUGUUUGUCAAUUAGGGUGUGCAGGUUGAAUAUUUGGUCUGUAAUAUGUGGUCUGUCGUACGGUACUUUGGUAAAAAGCCAAUUUUACAUUUGCUCAGUACAUUAUUUUCACUGAGGAAAUGUACGUGUCACGCCCUGGCUCUGGGGACUCUUAUAUGUUGAGCCAGGGUGUGGAUUUUCUAUGUGUGAUUUUCUAUGUUGUGUUCUAGUUCGUGUUUUCUAUGUUGGCCAGGGUGGUUCCCAAUCAGAGGAAGCUGAUUCUCGUUGUCUCUGAUUGGGAACCAUACUUAGGCAGCCUGUUGGCACUAGUUAUUUGUGGGAUCUUGUUCCGGAAGGUUUGUGUUGGUGUUAUUUAACCUAGGACUUCACGUAUCGUUUGGUUUGUUGUUUUUGUUCGUGUUGUGGUGUACUUAAAUAAAAGAUGUACGCAUAUCACGCUGCGCCUUGGUCCGCUGUUUAUAACGAUCGUGACAGUACGAGUCUGCUGUUAAUGAUAAGGAUAAUUUCCCCAAGGUUGCUGUUGACACAUACUGUAUCCCACGGUAGUUAUUGGGGUCAAAUUUGUCUCCACCUUUGUGGAUUGGAGUGAUCAGUCCUUGGGUCCAAAUAUUGGGAAGAUGCCAGAGCUGAGGAUGAUGUUAAAGAGUUUAAGUAUAGCCAAUUGGAAUUUGUGGUCUGGAUACCAGCAACACCAAAGGCCUUUUUGGGUUGGAGGGUUUGUAUCUUGUCCUGUAGUUCAUUCAAUGUAACUGGGGAAUCCAGUGUGUUCUGGUAGUCUUUAAUAGUUGAUUCUAAGAUGUGUAUUUUAUCAUGUAAACUCAGCAAAAUCAUGUAAACUCAGGACCCUGUCUUUCAAUGAUAAUUUGUAAAAAUUAAAAUAACUUCACAGAUCUUCAUUGUAAAGGGUUUAAACACAGUUUCCCAUGCUUGUUCAGUGAACCAUAAACAAUUAAUGAACAUGCACCUGUGGAACGGUCGUUAAGACACUAACAGCUUACAGACGGUAGGCAAUUGAGGUCACAGUUAUGAAAACUUAGGACACUAAAGAGGCCUUUCUACUGACUCUGAAAAACACCAAAAGAAAGAUGCCCAGGGUCCCUGCUCAUCUUCGUGAACGUGCCUUAGGCAUGCUGCAAGGAGGCAGAUGUGGCCAGGGCAAUAAAUUGCAACGUCUGUACUGUGAGACGCCUAAGACAGCGCUACAGGGAGACAGGACGGACAGCUGAUCAUCCUCACAGUGGCAGACCACGUGUAACAACACCUGCACAGGAUCGGUACAUCUGAACAUCACACCUGCGGGACAGGUACAAGAUGGCAACAACAACUGCCCGAGUUACACCAGGAACGCACAAUCCCUCCAUCAGUACUCAGACUGUCUGCAAUAGGCUGAGAGAGGCUGGACUGAGGGCUUGUAGGCCUGUUGUAAGGCAGGUCCUCACCAGACAUCACCGGCAACAAUGUCGCCUAUGGGCACAAACCCACCAUCACUGGACCAGACAGGACUGGCAGAAAGUGCUCUUCACUGACGAGUCGCAGUUUUUUCUCAACAGGGGUGAUGGUCGGAUUCGCUCGAUUUGGAGGUGGAGGGUCCAUCAUGGUCUGGAGUGGUGUGUCACAGCAUCAUCGGACUGAGCUUGUUGUCAUUGCAGGCAAUCUCAACGCUGUGCGUUACAGGGAAGACAUCCUCCUCCCUCAUGUGGUACAUUUCCUGCAGGCUCAUCCUGACAUGACCCUCCAGCAUGACAAUGCCACCAGCCAUACUGCUCGUUCUGUGCGUGAUUUCCUGCAAGACAGGAAUGUCAGUGUUCUGCCAUGGCCAGCGAAGAGCCCGGAUCUCAAUCCCAUUGAGCACGUCUGGGACCUGUUGGUUCGGAGGGCGAGGACUAGGGCCAUUCCCCCCAGAAAUGUCCGGGAACUUGCAGGUGCCUUGGUGGAAGAGUGUGGUAACAUCUCACAGCAAGAACUGGCAAAUCUGGUGCAGUCCAUGAGGAGGAGAUGCACUGCAGUACUUAAUGCAGCUGGUGGCCACACCAGAUUACUGACUGUUACUUUUGAUUUUGACCCCCCCUUUGUUCAGGGACACAUUAUUCAAAUGUCUGUGGAACUUGUUCAGUUUAUGUCUCAGUUGUUGAAUUUUGUUAUGUUCAUACAAAUAUUUACACAUGUUAAGUUUGCUGAAAAUAAACGCAGUUGACAGUGAGAGGACGUUUCUUUUUUUACUGAGUAUCUGUUCUUUGUUCUUUGUUUUAGAGCCAAAAAGAGAUUGGAGAAGUGGUUUAUCAACACAUCUCAGUUUUGGACAGAUUACUCUUCGUGAUGUUGUUGGUUUAGUGUGUUCCAAUUUCCCCAGAAGCGGUUAGAUUCUAUGGAUUCUUCAAUUACAUUGAGCUGAUUUCUGACAUGCUGUUCCUUCUUUUUCCGUUGUGUAUUUCUGUAUUGUUUUAGUGAUUCACCAUAGUGAAGGCGGAGGCUCAGGUUUUCUGGGUCUCUAUGUUUUUGGUUGGAUAGGUUUCUCAAUUUAUUUCUUAGGUUUUUAUAUUCUUCAUCAAACCAUUUGUCAUUGUUGUUAACUUUCUUAGGUUGUCUGUUUGACAUUUUUUGAUUUGAUAGGGAAGCUGAAUGUUCAAAUAUGCUGUUUAGGUUUUCUACUGCCAAGUUUACACCUUCAGUCUCUCUCUCUCCAUAUCUCCAUAGUUGUCCAUCUCAGCAUUAAAUAUUCAUCAAGCACGCUUUGCCCUAGGAUGACUAGUUCUGCCCUAGGAUGACUAGCCCUGCCCUAGGAUGACUAGCCCUGCCCUAGGAUGACUAGCCCUGCCCUAGGAUGACUAGCCCUGUCCUAGGAUGACUAGCCCUGCCCUAGGAUGACUAGCCCUGUCCUAGGAUGACUAGCCCUGCCCUAGGAGGACUAGCCCUGCCCUAGGAUGACUAGCCCUGCCCUAGGAUGACUAGCCCUGUCCUAGGAUGACUAGCCCUGCCCUAGGAUGACUAGCCCUGCCCUAGGAGGACUAGCCCUGCCCUAGGAUGACUAGCCCUGCCCUAGGAGGACUAGCCCUGUCCUAGGAUGACUAGCCCUGUCCUAGGAUGACUAGCCCUGCCCUAGGAGGACUAGCCCUGUCCUAGGAUGACUAGCCCUGUCCUAGGAUGACUAGCCCUGCCCUAGGAGGACUAGCCCUGCCCUAGGAUGACUAGCCCUGUCCUAGGAUGACUAGCCCUGCCCUAGGAGGACUAGCCCUGUCCUAGGAUGACUAGCCCUGUCCUAGGAUGACUAGCCCUGCCCUAGGAUGACUAGCCCUGCCCUAGGAUGACUAGCCCUGCCCUAGGAUGACUAGCCCUGCCCUAGGAUGACUAGCCCUGUCCUAGGAUGACUAGCCCUGCCCUAGGAUGACUAGCCCUGCCCUAGGAUGACUAGCCCUGUCCUAGGAUGACUAGCCCUGUCCUAGGAUGACUAGCCCUGCCCUAGGAUGACUAGCCCUGCCCUAGGAGGACUAGCCCUGUCCUAGGAUGACUAGCCCUGCCCUAGGAUGACUAGCCCUGCCCUAGGAGGACUAGCCCUGUCCUAGGAUGACUAGCCCUGCCCUAGGAGGACUAGCCCUGUCCUAGGAUGACUAGCCCUGUCCUAGGAUGACUAGCCCUGUCCUAGGAUGACUAGCCCUGCCCUAGGAGGACUAGCCCUGCCCUAGGAUGACUAGCCCUGCCCUAGGAUGACUAGCCCUGCCCUAGGAGGACUAGCCCUGCCCUAGGAUGACUCUCUCUCUUUCUCUGUCUGUCGUUCUCUGUUCUCUCUCUAUAUAUCUGUUCUCUGUCUCUUUCUCUCUGACUGACUUUCUCUCUCUCUCUAGUUCCCCUGCCCUAGGAUGACUAGCCCUGCCCUAGGAGGACUAGCCCUGUCCUAGGAUGACUAGCCCUGCCCUAGGAGGACUAGCCCUGUCCUAGGAUGACUAGCCCUGUCCUAGGAUCCUGCAGGUUCAUGCUCUACAACAUUCGGAGAGUGCGACCCUGCCUUACACAGGAAGUGGCGCAGGUCCUGGUCCAGGCACUUGUCAUCUCCCGUCUGGACUACUGCAACUCGCUGUUGGCUGGGCUCCCUGCCUGUGCCAUUAAACCCCUACAACUCAUCCAGAAUGCCGCAGCCCGUCUGGUGUUCAACCUUCCCAAGUUCUCUCACGUCACCCCCCUCCUCCGCACACUCCACUGGCUUCCAGUUGAAGCUCGCAUCCGCUACAAGACCAUGGUGCUUGCCUAUGGAGCAGUGAGGGGAACGGCACCUCUGUACCUUCAGGCUCUGAUCAGUCCCUACACCCAAACGAGGACAUUGCGUUCAUCCACCUCUGGCCUACUGGCUCCCCUUCCUCUGCGGAAGCAUAGCUCCCGCUCAGCCCAGUCAAAACUGUUCGCUGCUCUGGCACCCCAAUGGUGGAACAAGCUCCCUCACGACGCCAGGACAGCGGAGUCACUCACCACCUUCCGGAGAAAUUUGAAACCCCACCUCUUUAAGGAAUACCUGGGAUAGGAUAAAGUAUUCCUUCUAACCCCCCCCCCCCCCCCCCCAAAUUGUAAAGUGGUUAUCCCACUGGCUAUAGGGUGAACGCACCAAUUUGUGAGUCGCUCUGGCUAAGAGCGUCUGCUAAAUGACGUUAAUGUGCCCUUGAGCAAGGCACUUAACCCUAAUUGCUCCUGUAAGUCGCUCUGGUUAAGAGCGUCUGCUAAAUGACUAAAAUGUAAAUGUAAAUGUUCUCUGUUCUGUCUGUCUGUCUGUCUGUCCUCUCUCUCUCUUUCUUGCUCUUUCUCUCCUUCUCUCCCUCUCUCUCUCCGCCUGUUCUCUCUCCCAAAGUCUGGCUGUUAUUUUCUCUCUCUCUCUGUGAUAGCUUCAGAAUGGUGUGAAAUGUUUCACCCUGAUAUUGCUGUUAAUUGUCUAUCCUAAUUUUCAUAUUUACAUGAUAAAUCCUUGUUAAAGGAUGGUCUUCCACUGAUGAGUGUACACAAUCUCAGAUCCUAGUUAGUGUGAGUGUGUUUGUGUGUUUGUGUGGGUGUGGGUGUGUGGGUGUGUGUAAGGAAGUGGCGGUCAGUGCUGUUUAAGAUGAGGGAGGACGAUUUUCUUUCAUGAGCAUGGCCAUAUUUCUAUUACAGCAUAUUGGAUGACUCUCAUUCAUAUUCCAUUCACCCAGUUCAAUGUAACAGCGAUAGGUUUAAGCUACUACAUGAUACUCUAACUUUCCCUAUACCCAUCAUGAGGUUGGUACAACCUAGCCUAUGAAAGAAAGUUUACAAUGUAGGUGCACACAGGUCUAGAGACAAAUUUGAGGUGGCAGACAGUGACACAUGGACAGACAGUGACAUUCAAUACUGCCUUGCACACUCUUGCCUGCAUCUAGCUGAUAUUGGGUGUAAUCGUUAGUCCAACAGUUGCAAAUGAGAGUUUCUAUUGGACAAAUUCAGGUGUGUUUAUCUCCGUUUUGUUCCGUUUAAGAACGUUUUUCAACGGAAUUGGCAGAAUGAAUACACACCUGAUCACGCAUAAACAGAGUUCACUUUCAUAGCAGCCACAUUGUAUUCCUUCUCAGAUCUAUCUACGCGCUGUCCUCCUCUCACCUCUUCCCUUCACUUGUGGACUUCAAUGCACAACACAUCAGCUGUAUGUGACCAGGCGAAAAAAACUUUCCAAGCCAAACCAUAUCGUAACCGCUACACACAGCCUACAUCAUUGUCACCAUAUUAGCUAAAGUAACGUCAUAGUCAGCAUAGCUAAUAGAACUAACGUGUUAGUAAACCCGCUACAACUAUGCAGUAUCGUUAGUGUACAGUCAGUAAGCAGUUACACCAGUGGGCCCCGGUGGCAAUAAAUUAGUAAUACCAAAAGCUUACCUUGACUGGGAAGAGUUCCAGUGUUGUGUUAGAAAGUCAUAGCCAGCUAGCUAACAUAGCAUCCCUCUGAGCAGGGUGUUUCAGUAGGCUAAACUAGCUAGCUGCAUUUGCUAGCUAAGUAAGUGAAACUGAAAGUGAAAGAAAAUGACAAUGUCUCUCUCUCUCUAGUUCUCUCUUGCUUCUCCUUCAUUUUGGAAUAAAUUAAUUUGUUCAACACAUUUUAUACACUGCAGUGCUAGCUAGCUGUAGCUUAUGCUUUCAGUACUAGAUUCAUUUUCUGAUCCUUUGAUUGGGUGGACAACAUGUCAGUUCAUGCUGAAAGAGCUCUGAUAGGCUGGAGGACGUCCUCCGGAAGUUGUCAUAAUUACUGUGUAAGUCCAUGGAAGGGGGUGAGACCCAUGAGCCUCCUAGGUUUUGUGUUGAAGUCAAUGCACCCAGAGUAGGACGGAAGCUAGCUGUCCUCCGGCUACACCAUGGUGCUACCCUACAGAGUGCUGUUGAGGCUACUGUAAAACUUAUUUGCAAAAUAGUGUGUUUUAAUCAGUGAUUAUAUUUAGUAUAGUUUUAUCUAAAAAAUGAUAACUUACAAUUUACAUUUUUAUGAAAUUCACUGAGGAGGAUGGUCCUCCCCUUCCUCCUCUGUGGAGCCUCCACUGGUGUAAGGGUAGUGAGAUUUUGAGUUUGUCAUUCUCAGCAUUAUGUUCCUGGAAUACGCUAUGAAACCAAAUGUAAUUCGCUAACAUCAAACCAUUAUUGGAGACACCUUUCAAGACCAAAAUAACUAACAUUUCACUAUUCUGUCAGCAGGAUACAGAUGCUUAUGGCAUUAGUAAAUGACAAGGACCUUUCUGUACAAUUAAAUGGGCAGCUUUAUGUAUUAACAUCAAUCACAAUCAAUUAGAAUGUUAGAACAAAGAAUAGGGUGUGUUUUAUUAAUACCUGUCAAAGAGUAUGAAGACUUCCAGUGUCACAGUAGAACAAGCACGUCGGUUCUCAAAGAAAGAUAGAAGAAAGCCUUGAGAAAAGAUGAAGGGAAGAUCGUGAAAACGACAUGGUUUAUAACCACCCCAACACACACUGAGUGAGUAAGAAAAGAGAGACAUGUCAGAGUGACACAGACCUGAUGUGAAGUGUGUCCCCUGAGUUUAUCAUCACCUCAUCUUUCCUCUCCUCUCCUCCUCUCCUCCUUUCCUCAUCUCCUCCUCUCCUCCUCUCCUCCUCUCCUUCUCUCCUCCUCUCCUCCUUUCCUCCUCUCCUCCUCUCCUCUAUCAGUUUGGUCUCUGUCUUGAUGUGAAUGUUUCCUGCUGUGGGUUUGACGGCCUCUGUAGCAACGUGUGUGUGUGUGUGUGUUGAUGUGAGGGCUCCCUGCUGUGUGUGUAUUGCUGUGUGUCUUACGUGUUACAGAGCUGUCAGUCAGAUAAACCUCCUCUGAAGACCUCCUCAUCUCUCUCUUAAAUCAUUAUCUUACUGCCGCAGAUGGGUCUCAUGGGGAUCCAUUCAUUCACAUAGAUGGGACUUAUUUCAUAAAUUUCUAAUCCAGUGGAUUGUCAAGAGAGGAACCCACAGCAUGAAACAGGCAUUUCCUGAUUCCAAAAACAGGAAUCAUCAAGUCUAUUAUAGGCGCUACGCUGUUGAUGUAAAAUAAUCUAAUCUAAUCCUUACUUUCUCCCUCCUCCUCCUCCUCCGCCUCCCCCUCCUCCUCCUCCUCUUCCCUCUCCUCUCUCCCCAGUACACCUCGUCUCUGACGUAUGAUGGAGUGUUGGUGAUGGCCGAGGCCUUUAGGAACCUGCGUCGUCAGAAGAUUGACAUCUCCCGUAGAGGAAAUGCUGGAGACUGUCUGGCCAACCCCGCUGCUCCCUGGAACCAGGGCAUAGACAUGGAACGCACACUCAAACAGGUAUUCUAUGGUUGUAUGUGUUCCUUAUUGUUCUCCGUUCUGACCUGUGUUCUCUGUUGUCCUGUCUCCAGGUGCGUAUCCAGGGUCUAACAGGCAACAUCCAGUUUGACCACUAUGGCCGCAGAGUCAACUACACCAUGGACGUGUUUGAACUGAAGAGCAACGGACCACAACGGGUAGGAAUAGACACACAGGCAUGUUGGAGAAAUGAUUUUGGUUGUAUGAAAAUACAGUUUUGUCUGGUUUUAACCCCUCCCCUGCCUCUCUCAGAUUGGCUACUGGAACGACAUUGACAAACUGGUUCUGGUCCAGAAUGAGGUGCUGUUGUCCAAUGACAGCACAAACAUUGAGAACAGAACAGUCGUCGUGACAACUAUCAUGGUAAUGUACUCCUCUGGCUCCUCUCCUUUCCUCAAACACACAGAGGAUGCAUCCCAACGGUCUAAAGUGGCUUUCUAUCCUCAAACUCCUGUCCAUCUGUACUGAUAUGAAACAACUGGACAGGUGGAAAGUCAAUGUGCUGUAGGAAUCGACUUUGCUGUUUCUCAAAUCAGUACAGAUAACAGAGAGGAGGAUUUGUUUCACUGUUGAGAUGCCACAUUGAAGCAGAGAGCAGAGCACCCACAGUGCCUCUAGUGGUCAGAGCUGGUAGUGACACCCGUGUGUUUGACAGAUCAGUGUCCCUAAGGGUAUUGUAGCAGUACCAGGUCAUAGUGAGGGAGGUUUGAGUAGGGGGCUGUACGAGAGGAAUCCGACUUGUCACUGGCAGGUUGUCUUUAUAUUUAUUUUGUUUUCAUUGACGUCACCUGUCAAGUGUGAAAAGAGAGAGGAGUUUUAGUCCUUUUACCUUUUACCGUGUGUCGUCCCCCCCCCCCACUCUCUAUCACUCUCUUUCCCCCUUUCUCUCUCCCUCCCUCCCCCACUCUCUCUCUCUCUCUCUCUCUUUCUCUCUCUCCCUCCCUCCCCCUCUCCCUCUCUCUCUCUCCUUUCCUCCCUCUUUCUCUCUCUCUCUCCCUCCCUCCCCAUCUCCCUCUUUCUCUCUCUCUCCU